AUGCAUUCGCAUAAUGAUCGAAAUUUUGCUGCGGAAGUCAAGACAUUGGAAGAUGAAACAACUAGGGGCAGUGAACAGGCGCUAGCCAGUCAGGAACAGCGGGCAGCGGCCGCUGUACAUGAGAUUACGCACUCUAUAACUUCUAUGAGCCAGGAAAAUGAUCUGGUAAAAGCUGAGGAUACUGAAGGUUCAGAUAGAAAUAUAAUUGAUCCGAGCAACCUUGGUGAUAAGAUCGUCGAGUUUGAGAAAUUCAUUGAACUGCUUAAAUUGACACACUUGGAACAAGAGACUUUAGACUUCUUCCUCAGGUAUACAAUUUCGUCAGCAGAUCUUUUGAGGCUAAAGUCGACGCAAGAUGCAAAGUAUUUGGAACUUGAAGAAAAAGUGCAAGAGCUUGAACAUGGGGUUAGUGAGAAUCAUCAACGAGAGAUUGACGAAACAAAGUUGAUGAUUUUUAAUGGUACCGAAGAAUUGGCCAAGGAUCAGGAUAUGGUAAAUGAGCUCUUCUUGGAGACUACAGAUGUGUUAGAAGAGUGUGAAGAGCUUAUGAAGGAGUUGGAACGGGCUCGAGAGGAGAAAAAGGCCAGCCAAGAUCAACAUGAAAAUGAACAGCCACCAGUAGAUGAGCUUUACAGAAAGGGAGAUAAGGUCAGGCAAUCUUACAAUAGUUUAAAGAUACUGGAGGAGCGGAUGAAACAGCUAGAGAGUAUGAAGAAAGAAUAUGAUAGUAAUGACAAAUUUCAUAAAUCACCUUUUGAUCCAGCGUCAACUAAAACUGGAUGCGCCUUGAACUCCUUGAUACGGUUAUGGAAAUCUAAUUUUUUACCUAGUCAUGGCUGGUCUAACUUGGAAUUGUACCCCCAAACCAAGAGGUUUCAAUUUGAUGUCUCCGAGAGUCACACCAUAGUCAUAGCGCUUGAUGAGGGAAGCAAAAUAAAAGAUGUUUUAGUGUAUAUAAAGGACAAAUCGGGAGUCAGGAUAGACGAAAACAUGCAACUGGAAUUAAAGCAACAACAUAUCGGAUCUGCGGAAAUCUAUAAAUCUAUGGAAGAUAUCAUUGAUCGCUUGAUAGUCCUGAAAACGUCCGGUGAUCAUACUUAA